AUGGUACAGGGACUUGAAUUCGACAAUACUCUCGGGGCCAACCUCAUCGGGCUAGUUAUAGGUUCUGUUCUAUAUGGAGUCGUAUGCAGCCAGGCGUACAAAUACUUCCAAAGUUUUCCGAAAGACCCUUUUAUUGCGAAGGCCACGGUCAUUUCCUUGGUGAUUCUCGAAACAGUCCAUACAAUUCUCAUCACCCACGUAACGUACUACUACAUGGUGACUAACUACAUGAACCCUUUAGCUUUGCUUCAAACCGUUUGGAGUUCACUCGCCACUGUCACUGCAAUUAGCUUGAUCGUAUUCAUCGCUCAUACAUUCUAUGCUGUUCAGAUAUACCACUUGGGAAAAAGCUUCUGUCUUCCAGGACUCAUUAUCACUCUAGGAUUAACCCAGUUAGGGUUUUGUGUGGCCCUCAGUGUGGUUGGAUCUCAGACAUCCAUGUUACAAAUCCCAUUGACAAGCAAGAAAUUCUUAAUUAUUGUCCCCUUGACUGUUGGGUGUGCAGGAGAUAUUCUUUGUGCUGGGGCAUUGAGUUAUUACUUGUAUAUCAACCGGUCAGGAAUUAAACGGACAGACUCACUCAUUUGGAAAAUCAUGACAUAUGCUAUUGGCACAGGUGCUAUUUCAAGUGUAGUAAUAAUAGCAGUCCUUAUCAUGCUUGCAUUACAACCUCUCAACUUCAUCUACAUCUCCAUCUUUGAGACUUUAUCAAAAUUGUAUGCUGUCUCAAUUUUAGUUAGACUCAACUCAAGAACCCCUUCUUCAACCUCUGGAUCUGGAAUUGAGUCUGCUAUUGUUGUCAGUGGCAUCAGUGCCAGUGCAGAUGGAGUUGGAGUAGAGUCAGCAAAUAUCCUGACAAGCUUCCGAGCUACAGUUAGAGAGUAUACUCCUUCAGGCUCCCCUGAAACCUCCUUCACAACACAAUCUCAAGGUCUGAAAGACCAGGACUCAGAUAGGGAGACUAAAACUUUGAUUGAGUCACCUGUGUGGAAUCUGUCACAGCACUCAUCUCUAUAA